UUUUAAAUUAUUUUUUAUGAUGUGCCUUCAAUCUUAUUAUUUGGUUUAUUCUCGCACAGAUGUACGAGAAUCUUCACAUCGAAGAUAUCGGCUUUAUCGUCGGCGACAUAUUAUUGUGAAGAAUCAGAUAAGGGGGGCUAUCACUUUGACAAUGUUUGGACAGAACAAUUUGCAAAUUAUCAGUUUAGCUGUGAUUAUUACAAUUAUUACUCUGAAAAUUUUGAAAUUAGUUUUUUGUCUUCUAAAAUGAGAAAAAUUCCAAACGAACUAUUCCAAUCAGUUGGAAACAUUAAUAAACUUGGCCUCGUAGAUUGUGGCAUUGAACAAGUGUCACGGAGCAGUCUAGCACAAGCAGAAAAAUUGACUGCACUAGAUCUAUCUCACAAUAAAAUAACGGAACUAAGAAAUUAUGCUUUUGAGGGUGCCAGUCAUUUGAGUGUGCUUAACCUUACAGCAAAUAACAUCAGCGUCAUUGAAGAUAAAUGUUUUCACUCGUGAAGAGCUGAAGCGCAUGAUAGAGAAUGUCAACAAUCUUACGCUCGAUAAGCAGGAGCUCACCGCGAAAAAGUUGGAGUUCAGCAUCUACGAGCAGUCGUUCAAAGUGGAUAAAGCGCUCGAGAUGGCCAAAGAGAUCGGAGCGAAGCUUACGAUACUGGACAAACGGAUGGAACAGUGGGUUGCGAACAUUGUCAACUCUGAAGCAGCCAGUUUCUAUGCAAAGCCGUUUUUGCAGGCUCAGCGUUCAUCUGAUGACAGCAUAAGGGAUGGACAAGGCCAUAGCAAUAGUUUAAUUACAGCAGUACUAUUCAUGAUGGGUCUUAAUCUGACCCUUAUUGUUAGUUUCUUAGGAUAUCUGGUCUAUCGUAACAAAAGUCAAUCAUUAUUCGCGAAACAUAGACGUAAUGUUCGUGAAGGCUGCAGUAUGACGACAAUCAUGGAUGAUCAAAUAUGAACAUUGCUUAAAUAACUUUAUAGCGAAAUAUAAACACUCUGUUAAC